GGGCGCGGCAGAGGGUGCUCGGGUGUGCCGGGAGCCGCGGCGCUUCCCCCCGGCUGCGAGCACAGACCCAGCCUACCCCGGGGUGAAGCCACCACCUCCGAGGCCAGGAAGCUGUGGUGUGUGUGCUCCGUGUCUGCUCACAGCCGGCUGCUCCUCAGGGAGCGGGAGAGCUCGGAUCGGGAUGUUGGAAAUGUGCGGGAGGUCCUGACUGGGACUUGCUGUGGGAUAAGAAAUGAAAUUCUGCAGGCUGGCCGGCAGGGAAGAGAGCAUGGUUGGAUCCCUGCGCUCCACACUCACCGGAUUUUGAGCUCCUGCAAAGCUCAGCCCUGCAGUGGUGCUGCAAGCGGCUCCCCCAUGGCUGCGGCCAGCGGCGAGGGGACAGCAGGGACCCGGCUGCUGCCAGCUGGCACUGCCCUGGCCCUGCUCGGUGGCCUGGUCUACCUGGGCACCCUGUGUGCUGCCUGCAAACGGAAGGGCAGGAAGAAGGUCGCUCCAGACGGGGUGAAGCUCGUGGAUGAGGCCCUGCUCUGCCAGACACAGCUGCGGUCACUCAGCAAGUCGGACACGAAGCUGCACGAGCUCUACCGGGUGAAGGUCAGAGAUGAUGUCCAGCGUCCAGCCAGCCUGGAUCUCCCCGGUCCUACGGCCCCUGGAGGGGAAUCCUUGCACAGCUCUGGCCUCCUGCACCGUGAGCUGCCCCAGAUCCCCGUCCCUGAGCCCCCAGCCACUUCCCCAGCCCCCGACCAGACCUACUCCAACCUGCUCUUCACCCCGCUGCGGAAACCAGUGCCAGACGCUGUCUAUGAGUGCCUGGCAGUGGGGGGAGAGGGCACCCCGGUGCCCCCCAUGCCAGCUGGCACCCAGGUGUCCCCUCCACGGGCCGUGCAUGGGGCAGCCGAUUACGCCUGUGUCCAUAAAGUGAAGAAGGCAGUGUCGGUGGAGGUGCAGGAUGGGGUUGUGGCAGGACCCUCCGGAGCACAGCAUGGCACAGGCAGUGCCCCUCAUGCCAAGCUGGAGGAGAUGUACUCGACGGUGUGCAAAGCCACCAAGAAGAAAUCCCAGGUCCCUGCAUCAACCCCGAGGGCUGUGAAGGAGGCAGGGUCUGCGUGGCCGUGCCCCUGCCAGCAGGAGGGGGCCUCAGCAGCCCCAGGUCCCCCUGACCCCUGUUACGAGUCCAUCAGCGACAGAGCAUGGCCUGCUCAGGCCCGUGGCCCCGACCCUGACUAUGAGGCUGUGGACAUUAACUGGAAGAAGGCAGCAAAACGGGACAAGCCGGGGAAGCCCUGUGUCCCCGAGAACCUGUAUGAGAGUGUGGUGGAUGUCUGGGCAGGGGGGUCCCGGAAAUCCUCUGCCCGUUCAGCAGCCAACGGGCUGGAGGUGUACAUCACCAACCUAUAGCCCCCCAGGGGCAGGGGCAGUGCCACAGCGGGGUCCCACCUGGCUGGACACUGUCAGGUGCCAAAGGGACAGGUGCCAGCUGCCCUGUGCCCACCAAGCCCUGUGCCCUGCACUCACUCUCUGUUUAUAUUUUCUGUUACUUUUCUACCCGUGUCCUUUUCCCACCCCAGCCCAGCUGUUGCCAGCAGCUUGAUGGUGGGAUGUCCCAAGAUGGGCAGUUUGGAGGUGCUGGGUGGGACCCCAGUGAGACAGGGCUGGCACUGGCACCAAGAUGGGAACAGGGUGGGGACCAGUCACAUUUUGGGGUGGGGGGGUGACGGGGCUGCAGCCAGCCCCAUGCCUUGGGCUGCAGGAUCAGAUCCUCAGGUUUCUGCCAUGACUGAGGGUCUCUGUCCUCAUCACACUGCCUGGGGGAGACCAGGGCCCCCUCCAGCCCCCAGGAAGCCCUGAGAAGCUUUGCUCCCCUCACAGAAUGUCCCUUGUUAUGGGGAGAUGGGGUCAGCCCUGUGCCUUCAUGGAAUUAUAGAAUACCCAUAGUUGGAAAGGACCCGCAAGGGAUCACUAAGUCCAUCUCCUCACCCUGCACAGGAAAACACAGAAAUUUCACUGGUGUGGGCUGUGGGCUCUGCUCCAUCCUCCAUUCCCACCCUUUCAGACCCAUGCAAGGGUGUCUCCAUGGGCAGCCCU